AUGACAACACUACAGGAAGUCAGCCAGCAUAGCACAGAAUCGAGCUGCUGGGUUGUGAUUCACGGGGUCGCGUAUGAUGUUACAAAUUUCCUGUCGCACCACCCUGGCGGCAAACAUGUCAUUCUGAAGCAGGCUGGAGGCGACGCGACUCCCGCGUUCGAUGCUGUUCACUCACGAGACCUCCUUGAGAAGUAUCUCAGGCCAUCGCAAGUCGUCGGGAACAUAGCAGGCUAUGAGGAAUCGCGUCUUGGAGACACACAAGGUGAGACUCCAGAUCGACAACAACUCAGCCGAAAGCUCCUGGCGAGGAUAGUUAGUGUUCCCGACUUCGAAUCAGCCGCGGCCGAAGUUCUAGACCCAAAAUCCUUUGCUUUUUUCAAGGCCGGUGCGAACUCUGAAAUUACAGCUAGCUGGAACCAAAAGUCAUGGGACGCCGUGAGGUUCCGCCCUAGGGUUCUUGUCCCGAUUAGCCACGUUGAAACAUCAACCACAAUGUUUGGCUCGAAGUUCUCUGCCCCUUUCUACAUCGCACCAGCCGGGGGCGGUAAAUUUGCGCAUCCCAGGGGUGAAAUAAUCUGGACAAGAGCAGCUGCCAAGCAUGGGAUCCUUCAAUGGGUGUGCAACAACGCCGGCUGCUCCCAGAAGGAAAUGGCAGAUGCACGUGGCCCGGGUCAGAUACUGUUCUGGCAGAUAUACGCCAUGAAGGACUUGGAUGUUACCAAACGCGAAAUACAACAGGCGGUUGCGAUGGGGUACAAGGGACUGGCACUUACCGUUGAUGCGAUUAGAAUCGGCAAGCGUGAACGCGACAUCCGUAUUCAUCUUCCGAGUGAUGGUGAUAAUACUGGGGUAACCACUGGCUCUGGCUCUAUCUCAGCGACUCGCCCGAUGCUCCAUGAUCAAUUCGAUUUUGCUUCGGUAAUAGAUUGGCUUAGAUCCAUGACCGACCUACCAAUCGCCAUCAAGGGCGUACAAUCCUGGGAAGAUGCAGAGCUUUGCAUGAAGCAUGGGCUACACCCCUGGUUGUCAAACCACGGAGGCCGGCAGCUGGAUGGUGCCCCGGCUGCAAUUGAGACUCUGGUGGAGAUUCGGAAGCACUGCCCGGAGGUAUUCGUCCGAUGCGAAGUUUUUGUAGAUGGAGGGGUUACUAGAGGAACAGACAUUAUCAAAGCACUGGCACUUGGGGCUAAAGGGGUGGCAAUUGGUCGAGGAUUUCUCUACGCCUUGACUUUUGGAGAGGCUGGGGUGAGCAAGGCCAUCGAUAUCCUCAUGGACGAAGUUAGGACUGCGAUGGCCCUUCUUGGCGUAUCGUCUAUUGACCAGCUUCAACCUUCUCACGUGGACACUUCUGGAUUGGCAUAUGCGGGAGCUGUAAUACGAGCACGGUUGUAA